AUGUCCCUUCAGGUGGCCAUCAAGAAAAUGAGUCUCAGAGGGCAGAACAGGGAACGAGCUGUGAAUGAGAUCCUGCUCCUGAAGGACAAGAAGCACCCCAACAUUGUCAACUCUUUGGACAGCUUCCUUGUUGAUGGAGAUCUCUGGCUGGUGAUGGAAUUCAUGGAUGGAGGAACUUUGCAGGAUGUUGUCAGACAGACACGCAUGGCUGAAGGAGAGAUGGCAGCUGUCAGUCGGGAGUGUCUGCAGGGCCUGGAUUUCCUCCAUUCAGAGCGGGUCAUCCACAGGGAUCUGAAGAGCUCCAACAUCCUCCUGGGCAUGGAUGGCUCUGUCAGGGAAUCAGUAAAAGCCACUGCAUGAAAGCUGAGGGUUUCUUGAAGGGUCCAGUUCCAUCUUUCCUUGGCUACAGCCCUGAGGGCUUUUCCAGCUGACUUCACUACUGCACUCUCAGACUGAGAGUGGGGAAUCUUGGUGCUUGGUUUCCUCAUUCCAGCUGCCUUUGACAGGGUUUGUUUCUGUCCUCAGCUGAUUUUGGCCUCUGCGCUCAGCUCAGCCCUGAGCAGGACCAGCGCAGUUCCAUGGUGGGCACUGCUCACUGGAUGGCCCCAGAAGUUGUGACCACAUCUCCUUAUGGCCCCAGGGUGGACAUCUGGGCCUUUGGCACUGUGACCAUCGGGAUGGUGGAAGGAGAACCUCCUUACUUCAGGGAAACGGCGGCCAUGCUCUUCUGGCUGUGAGGAUGACCUGGAAAUAUGAAGCAAGUGCAUCAGGUCUAAUGUUACCUUGCAAGAAAACCCCAAACCAACCCCAAAUCCCAGCCCCAAACCCAACAAGAUUUCUGCAGGAGCUUCUAAAAGACAUUUUGCAAGAUGAUCUCCCCCCUGAUUCUUCUCACUGGGAAACUUGUUGAGAACAUGAAGAUGAUUGUUUAACAUCCCCAUAGUCUAACAUAUUUCUUUCCUAGUCCAAGCUACUUUCUCUGUGUCACCAAGCCUGAGCUUUCAGCAACACAAACCUCCUGUUUCUUGCCUGGCAGUUUCUGGGAUGGGGCAUCAGGAAUGCAUUUACUUGAGUGUCAGUGGCACUGCAGAGAUGCACUUGAUGUAAGAAUCCUCUGAAAUAACACAGGCAGACCACACUGACUCUGGAAAAUGGCCUGUAAAGCUGGUGUCCAUAUUUGGAGAAGCAAAAUGUGCUAUUUCUGAUGGAGGUUCCUAUUGACAGAGUCAGCCAAUGCAACUGGCUCUCAAGGCGAGGUCAUUUGGAUGUUGCAGUGGCUGUGGCAGCCCCAGGGUUUGGGUUCUUUGGCUGGCAUAGCAAAAUGAGCUGUGAGCAGCAUCUGUGGCAGGGAGGAAAGUGCCCCUGGAGCUGGGGCUGAGGCCCGGGGUGGAUGUGAGCCCGUGUGGGUGUGAAGGGAGCUGGCAGAGCGCUGAGUUUGCUUUCCCUGCAGGCUCGCGCUCGGAUCCGGCAGAACGGGAGCCCGCAGCUGCAGCAGCCCCGGCGCCUGUCGGCUCUGCUGCGGGACUGCCUCGAGUGCAGCCUGGAGCCGGACGAGGAGCGGCGCUGGGCUGCCCAGGAGCUGCUGCAGCUGAGGGCCAGGGGCUGCAGGGGAAGCAGCAGCGCCAGGGAGGGGUUUUCUUGUGGGGCCCCCUGCGACAGUCUCCAGUCUGGCUGCGUUCCACACGCAGAGCAAGCAGAAUCCUCGCCUGCUGUGGCUGGGCAGGCUCCUUUGGAGCUCAUCUGGGCCUGGUGCCCCACAGCGAGCAGGGACAUCUUCAAGCAGCUCAG